AGUAACGGGCAGACUCCAUAAUCACCGCCAGAGCGGACGGACCGCCUACCUUUUCCGGUGAAAGGCUGCCAAGAGCCAAUAGCCAACGAGCGCUCGCUGGGCUCUUUGUUUUUGACUUUGGAUUGUAUUCGUGGGGAGUCUUUUCGCUCAGCUCAAGGUACUAAGUCAACUUGGAGUUUUCUGCAACGCUCCUAUCGAUGGAAACCGGUCGGCUAACAACAAACUGCUAACGCCGGCUAGCACCACCUAGGCCAGCUGUGUUAGCCACACCGGGCUUUUUGUUGUCAACGAGCACAAACGGGAGCCCUUUCGACAUGACGUCAGCUUCCGCUAAGGUGGGCGAGAUCUUCUCGGCGGCCGGCGCGGCUUUCAGCAAACUGGGCGAGCUGACUAUGCAGCUGCACCCGGUGUCGGACAGCAGCCCCGCCGGGGCUAAAUGGACCGAGACGGAGAUUGAGAUGCUGCGCUUGGCCGUGCGACGAUUCGGCGACGACCUCAACAGUAUCAGCGGCGUCAUCAAAGAUCGCACCGUCGCUCAGAUCAAGAGCACCGUGAAGAGGAAGUUGUACGAGGACAGCAGGGUGCCCUUCAAUGCCGACUCGCCCAAGAAGAGCGCCAAGAAAGCCGUCGCCCCCGCGGCGCCGGUCGCCGCCGGCGGGAUGCAGAGCGCUUCCUCGGCGCCGCCCGUCAAAAAGCAGAAGACCGCAGGUAGGGAGAAAAGCUACUUUCUCCUUCUCUUUGUCCGUACGCCGCCCUACUUCAAAUGUACGUCGACAGAUGCUUUGAUGUCGAUAAAAUCCUCUUUUGAGAUAGAAACUAGUUACGACUCGGACUUCGCCCGAGGCCAUUUUAGUAGGGGACGUAAAAGGUCCCGACACGCUUCUCCGGCGAAUUGGAAAGUAUAUCGCUCGUCGCCGUCCGAUCCGUACGAAGCGGAAGAGCGGCGGCCCAAGAACGUCGUCGGCCCUCCCGCGUCGGACGGAUCGACGGCGGCCGCCGAGUCGAUAGCGAGGAUGGUUUUGCCGGGAGACGGUCAAAACUCCUCUUCGUGCAUCUAAGCUCUAACCCGUCGCG